AUGACAGAGCUGCUCUCCGUGCAGAGGUCAUUUCAGUAUAAUUGCUCCCCGCGCACUCACCUGCUCCCUCAGGGAGCGACCCUCGCCCUCCGCCCCCGCCGCUCGGCCCCCGAGGCCGGGCCUUUGGCCCCGAGCUUCGGUUCCCGGCCGAGAGCCGCGUUCGGUUCCUGCCCGGCCCCUCCGAUUUGCUGCCAGCCCUGUCAGCAGUCCGGGGCCGGGCCGGGGACUGGCUGCCAGGCGAGGGUCGGGCCUGGCCCAGCCUAUGGGCCGAGCCCGCCUGAGGCGCAGCGCUCCGAGGAGGCGGGAGGAAGGAUCCGCGUUCCGCGGCGGGGGAAUGAAACCCCAGGCCCAGGAUUCUGCAGUGUCACUCAUCAGUCUGCAGAGAUCAACAGCACCUCAUUGUCAAAGAAAGGAACUGAAUACUUCCCUUCACUGCCCAAACAAGACUUCAAGAAGAGAAACUGUAGCAUUUUUCCACAACCCAUCCCUAGGAAGAUGGAGAAAAUCCCCACUCCAGCACCCAAUCAAUACUAUGUAACUAGAUUUGCAAAGGAGAACAAGGGCAUCACAGCUGAUACCUCUAUGGAUUUCUGCAAGCAAAGCAACAACAUUUCUGGCCAGGCAGCAUUUAUGUCCAAAACCAUGAGAGGAUUAAAUUUGGAAAAAUUUGGAAAAUGGCCUUCUGCAUGUCACUACAGCAUCAAUGAUUCCCUCAUCAGGGUCUCCCCCAAGGGUAUAACAUCUUGCUUCAAGGCAAAGACCUCCUGCCUAACAAGGUUGUGCAGAUUUACUCCGGAGCCUGCAACCUAUCAGCCACAUAAACCUACCAAGGAAGCAAAGAAAAUGCCUUUCAGAAAUUCUGCUGGACUCUUUCUGCUCCAAACCAUCCCACCUUGUAAAGAUCCUCCCUUGCCUGGGCAGUAUGACCUUGUGGAUGACAAAGGAUGUCCAAAGCGGGACUGCUCAAGUGCUGUGUUUGUCUCAAACACAGGGCAAUGGGCAGAGCGCACAUCACAGGAAGGGUUCCCUGGGACAGGCGCUUGUUCACCCGGAGCACUCAGGAAAUAUUCCUUAGUCUGCAGCUACAGCAGGAAGCGGCUCCCGGCACUGGGAGCAGCAGAACCUGGACACCAGAGCAGGGAUCCUCAAACAGGACUCCCCUCGGCCUCACGCUAACUCACAGUAAACGCUCCUGUCCUCAGCCUGCCACAGCUGGCUGGCUGAUAGCUCAGCAGCUAA